UUUCGUCGAUUCAUGAAAAUAGCAAGCAGCCAAACAGCCCCAAUACACCUCCCAAUCACCGAAUUGGGGUUCCUCUGUGUUUUUUCACUAGUCGGCUACUCUGUCCCUGCAUUAAACAACUAAUCCCCGUCUCCUCAACCUAGCAACACUUUUCUCAGCCAAAAUGGGUAAGACUCGUGGAAUGGGAGCUGGUCGCAAGCUGAAGUCCCACCGUAGAAGACAAAGGUGGGCUGACAAGUCAUAUAAGAAAUCCAACCUUGGAAAUGAGUGGAAGAAACCAUUCGCUGGGUCUUCCCAUGCUAAGGGAAUUGUUCUUGAAAAGAUUGGCAUUGAGGCUAAGCAGCCAAACUCUGCUAUCCGAAAAUGUGCUCGUGUUCAGCUGAUCAAGAAUGGGAAGAAAAUUGCUGCCUUUGUACCCAAUGAUGGUUGCUUAAACUACAUCGAGGAAAAUGAUGAGGUUUUGAUUGCUGGAUUUGGACGAAAGGGACAUGCUGUGGGAGAUAUUCCUGGAGUCAGGUUCAAGGUGGUGAAGGUGUCAGGUGUAUCCCUUCUUGCACUGUUUAAAGAGAAGAAGGAAAAGCCAAGGUCUUAGAUUUGCUGGGAGAGCUUUUCCUUGAUUCAUCCGCCUUCCUAUUUUACCCUUUUAUCUAUGGCAGGCUUUAUAAUGUACUGCAGAAUUUUGCAAAUGACUCCUCCCUGAAAUUAGAAAAUGAAUCUGUUCGACUUGAGAUAACAAAAUUUUGGAGUAGAAUGGUGAUGUUUGAUGACA